UCUCUCUCUCUCUCUCUCUCUCUCUCUCUCUCUCUCUCUCUCUCUCUCUUAUAUCAUCAUUCUUCCAAAAGCUCUUGCUUUUCAAUCAUUUCCUUCUAUUCGCCAAUCGAUUUCCUCACCAUAGUUACAUGCAAAAAGUUUAAAUCUUUGCAAAAAAGAAAAAGGAAAAAAAAAUCUUCAUUUUAGCUGUAAACCAUAUCCAGAAACAAUAAAUUCCUCAAAAGAGUUCAAUUUUUUGGCUUUUCAGUUGACACUGAUUCCACUGCUUCGUUCAUUGCACAAAGCUCAAAACAAGAUCCAUGGAGUUCAACUUUUAAUCUUUGAUCGACCAAAAAUGAAGGAAACCUUCAUCAGGAUUUCAAGUAAUUUAGUGUUUCUAGCUUUCUUUUCUCUCAUUUCGCUUCCGUCUUUGUUUUCACAACUGAAUACAGGAGAUUCAAGAAUCCUUUUUCAAGUUCAACAAAAACUCGAGUACCCACAAGUUCUUCAAGAAUGGGGAAACUGGACAAAUUUCUGCUUUCUGCCUUCAAAUCCCAGUCUAAUGAUUGUUUGUUCAGGUAAUCGCAUCACUGAAUUAACCAUCGUUGGAAACAAAACAAAACCACUUUCUCCCAGUUUUUCGAUCGAUUCUUUCUUUACUGAUCUUACAAAGCUUUCAACUUUAAAGAAAUUGACACUUGUAUCCCUAGGUUUGUGGGGUACCCUACCCCCUAAGGUUGAUAGAUUUUGGAGUCUUGAAGUUAUGAACUUUAGUUCCAACUUCAUUAAUGGUGAGAUCCCAUCUACCAUUUCGACAAUUAAAAAUCUCACUGUUGUUAAUUUGUCAAAUAAUUUGUUUAAUGGGAGUGUACCAGAUCUAAAGGGAUUGCAGAAUCUUGAAGUUAUUGAUUUGGGUAGUAAUCGUUUAGGUCCAAAAUACCCUUCUUUGAGUUACAAUCUUGUGUCGAUCACAUUGAGAAACAAUUCAAUCAGGAUCGAAAUCCCUUCGGAUUUUGUGAAAUUUGUUCAUCUUGAAAGACUUGAUAUUUCCUCAAAUAAAGUUGUGGGUCCCAUUCCUUCCUCUUUGUUUUCACUCUCUUCGAUUCAGUAUCUCAAUUUAGGCAACAAUCAAUUCAGUGGAGCAUUGCCUGCGAACUUAACAUGUACCAAAAAUCUAGGGUUUGUAGAUCUUUCUAAUAAUCUUUUGAUUGGGAAAUUACCAUCUUGUAUUGGAUCAACGAAUCGAACAGUUAUUAGCACAUGGAAUUGUUUAACGAAUUCAACUUCAAAGUAUCAACAUCCCAAAAAAUUCUGUCAAAAAGAAGCGAUAGCUGUUUUGCCUCCAAAGAGAAAUGGUGAAAAUAAGAAAGAGGAGACUACUUUGAAGCUUGGGGUUGUUCUUGGUAUCAUUGGGGGCAUUGUGGGAAUUUUGGGAUUGAUUGGGUUGUUGAUUUUGGGUAUUUAUAGAAGACGAGUUGCUAAAAGGGCAAAACAAUUCCGAUCUGAUAGUUUCGCUCUCGACAAGAAUGCUGUUCGUACUCCUUCUUCAGUGCCAAAAGAUGGGCGUAGACCCCAAACGAUGAGGACAGCGGCGCUAGGUCUACCACCAUACACCAUAUUUACACUCGAAGAAAUCGAAGAUGCAACAAACAACUUUGAUUCUUCAAAUUUAAUGGGAGAAGGAUCUCAAGCACAACUUUAUAAAGGGUGGCUAAGGGAUGGAACAAUAGUGUUGAUCAAAUGUUUAAAGUUAAAACAAAAACAUUCGACUCAAAACUUGCAACAACAUAUGGAAGUGAUUUCUAAGCUUAGACAUCGACAUCUCGUGAGUGUUCUUGGUCAUUGCAUCGUGUCAUAUGUUGAUCAUCCUAAUUCGGGUAGUACCGUGUUUGUUGUUCUUGAAAAUGUUUCAAACGGAUCUUUGAGAGAUCAUCUUACAGAUUGGAGAAAGAAAGAAAUCUUGAAAUGGCCACAUAGAAUGGGAAUCACAAUGGGAAUUGCAAGAGGAAUUCAAUUCUUGCAUACGGGAACUCAACAUGGGAUUUUUGGGAAUGAUUUGAGCAUUCAAAGUGUGUUGUUGGAUGAUAAUUUAACUGCUAAAAUCAGUAGUUAUAAUAUUUCAUUGUCAUCAAAGGUUGGUUCUGAAAGCCCUUUACAUGGCCAUGAUACAUCUUCCCAAGUUUCUCAAAGGCCUAUGAAUCUAGAAAAAGAUGACAUAUAUCAAUUUGGAGUCAUCAUCCUCCAACUCAUUACAGGAAAACCGGUCGACUCAGAGGAUGAGAUAACUGAGCUCAAGAACGAGCUAGAGAUUGGGUUAAUGGAGUCUCCAACAAAACUUAAAGAGGCAGCGGAUUCAUCGAUAAGAGGAACAUUUGCUUAUGAGUCCAUGAAAACAGCUGUUCAAAUAGCAAUAAAUUGUCUUAAUGAAGAUGUUAAUGUGCGUCCAUCGAUUGAAGAUGUUCUUUGGAAUAUGCAGUAUUCAGUUCAAGUUCAAGAAGGAUGGAAUAGCAGUGGUAAUCUAAGUACAAAUUUGUAAAGAUGUUUUACUUGAUGCCAAUGUGUUUUUGACAAAAAUGGGAACACUCGAUCCACUUUCUUGUGGAAAAAAAAACAUGGUGAUUGAAGUAGUUUUGGUAUAUUGUGUAGGGUGGGCCAUGGAAUAAAGAUUUUUUUUUAAGUUAUGAUAUAUCAUUAUCAAUCUUUAAAGUUGCUAUCA